AUGGUCUAUUGUGGGAAGCCAAGUAAGGCGUGUGGAGAAUGUAGGUUGCGAAGGACGAGAUGCGAUUACAAGAGGCCAUCCUGCACACAGUGCUUGAGAGCUGGCCGUACCUGCAACGGCUAUCGAGAUACCAACGAUCUUAUAUUUCGUGAUGAGUCUCAAGGGCUGUCUGAUAAACAUCGACGCUCGAAAGAGGCUCAGGCUCAAGUGAAAGCUCAAAGAUCGCGUGCAACCGAUAUUCCUUCAACAUCCGUUUCCGAGGUCGACUUCGCCGUUAUUGCAUUACCGCAACCUGAACAGUUCCGGAAUCUGUCUCCCUUGUCCCUCAGCCUUGCAACUUCGGCUGAGGAUCAAGCCACCUGCUUCUUCUUCCAAAACUAUGUCUUGGGAGGCCGCGAUUUGUUCAAAGGCCAUAUCGACUAUCUUUCCGACAUAUACAGCAGUGAGGAGGUUGGAAGUGGACUUGCGGAUAGCGUAGCCUCUCUUGGGAUGGUUGGACUUGCCAACUUCUGGAAAGCUCCGAAUAUUAUGUCAAACGCCGUCAUCAAGUACAACUCUGCGAUGAGAACUGUCAGUUCGCAGCUGAGGGACGUUGAGCAGGCUAAGUCCGAUCAGACUUUGAUCUCAAUCUUGUUGAUGGGGCUUUAUGAGACGAAUACCUGCAACUCUCGUCAAUCAAUGGAGGCUUGGAAAAAACAUAUUACGGGAGCUACUGCUCUCAUGCAACUCCGAGGCAAGCAAGCUCUUCGAACACCACUGGGCUACCACAUGUUCAUUCAUUUAAGAGCUCAAGUUCUCACGAUCUGCAUCCAGAGGCACGCCCCAAUACCUCGAAUCAUCACCGAAUGGUCAAAUGAGAUCGACUUUGAAACCCCUGAGCAGGCAGCUGCAACAGCUCUUGUAAAUUUGGGGAGCAGAUAUUGCGAUCUGCGAUCUUCGAUGAGCUCCUUCCAUGAUUACAGCGAGGCUGAACGAAUCAUCACCACAGCAUGUGCCAUUGACAACGAUUACGAUCUUUGGGCGAAGACCUGCCCAUAUCAGCUGAUUUAUCAGACGAUGACUUUGAAAGAACGAAGCGAAGAGGUUUUCUCUGAUCAUUACCAUGUCUACCCCAAUCUCUGGGUCGCCACAGUCUGGAACCAAUACCGUGCUGUUCGGCUUCUCGUCAACGAGCUCAUUCUCGACCAGCUGUGCCACCUCUACCUGAACAGCCCGGAAUCUACUUUGAUUUGGAACGAUGUCUACUUCUUCGAGAACCAAGUUCUCGCCUCGAAUACCACCCUCCUACAGCUAUGCCAUGAUAUCUGCGCCACUGUCCCCUUCUACUUGGGUUUCGAUCCCAAUGCAGACAAACGUAUGCCAAGAGCAAUUCCCAAGGCUGUUAGCGGAAAUAUGCUACUUUGGCCGUUGUACACAGCGGGUUGCACCGAUCUGGUGUCGGACAUGAUGCGCGACUGGGUUGCAGGACGUCUUCGAUGGAUUUCUGAUGUCAUUGGCAUUCGACAAGCAGCUCCGUUGGCCUUCAGCCUGCGGAGGAAACAAGACCUCUUGACAUGGCAGAACGAAAAGGAGGAUGACGAUGUUUGUAGCCCAAUUUUGAACGUGGAGUCGCCAGAUAUAGAGACGAUGAUAUGA